AUGGUUGAGGAUAACGAUAGUGGGAUUCAGCAGAUUCAACUGCUUAAUGGAUUUGAGGAUUUAUAUGGUGGAGUCAUUCUGGAGAUCAAGGAGGAUAUGGAUGCUGAUGUGUUUGGCCCCUUGCUCCGAGCUUCAACAUCAAGCUGGAAACUACAGGGGAAGAAGGAUGUCUGGCUCAAAUUGCCCUGGGAGUAUUCACAUCUUGUCGACAUUAUAGUAAAGGCUAGAUUAUCAAAAUCCCCCUUCUCCUUCGGCCUUCUUAAAAACAUCCUUGGAGUUGAACGCUCUUCUUGGAUGCUCGACCCCGGCAUGGACGGCAUCGACCCCGACCCCUCCGACUUCGGUUGCUCCGUCGCCCUCAACAUGAUCCCAUCGGCGACAUCUUCGACGCCUCUCCCGCCGGCGACAUCGACCGGCGCCAACGUGCGGUCGCAGAGUCCUCGGCCUCCCCCACUUCGCCGCCGCAGAGACCGGCCUCGUUCCAGGCGACGGGAGUUCAAUAAAUGGGUGGAUUUAGGAUUCAAGCGCCACCAUGCCGAAGCAAGUCGCUUGAUGCUUGUCUGCUGGCUUCCUGAGAUCCCUCAUACUGUUGCCAUGGAUGCUUCACGGAUGGUCGGCGUUGCUGCUUUUGUGUUGAAUGAUAGAAGAGAGGUGCUUGUAGUCCAAGAGCGUAAUGGAAUGUUCCAAGAUACGGGUGUGUGGAAACUCCCCACUGGAGUUCUGAAUGAGGGUGAGUAUAUAUGUCAUGCGGUUGUCAAGGAAGUUAAGGAAGAGAUGGGAGUAGACACUAAAUUCGUGGAAGUCCUCUGUUUCAGACAAAGCCACAAAUCAUUCUUCACGAAGUCAGAUUUGUUCUUCCUUUGUGUGCUUCAGCCAGAAUCUGCUGCAAUUGAGUUACAGAAUGUAGAGACCGAGGCAGCAAAGUGGAUGCCAAUUGAGGAGUACGCAGCACAACCUUUCAUCGUUGAAAACAAGCAAUUCAAUUUUAUGGCGAACAUAUGCUUGGCAAAGGCUGAUCAUUGCUACCCGGGUUCUGCUGUUUUGGCCACAACUGCUGGGGUGGCAGAAGGACUUCCAUCUAAUGCAAUAACCCCGAAAUUGAGGAGAACUUGGCAAGUUGCGUGUAAUUCCUGGAUUGUGAUGCGGAACUUCUUCCUUGGACCCAGGCCUACUGGGCCGUGUUGAUCCCCACCGCCGAUUUUGUGGGCCGCACAUGUAGGCUAGGCAAGAAUUUUCCGGUUGCGAUGUCGCAUGGUCUUUUGCUUCUUGUUUUUUGGAGAUAUAGGGGCUCAUUGUUUUUCCCAUCUUCAAUUCGUAGACUGAAAUCUUGUGUUUGCCUGUGUUGCCGAUGUCUGGGCUUUUUCAGCCCUUGGAAUGGUGUAAAUGAUGGUUUGUCUAUAGUUUCCCAACAGAUUUUUACUGU